AUGGGAAAUCUAAUAUCAGCAGCUGCUACUACAUUCAGUUAUGCAAAAACAACUGAGCUAACAUCUGAUCUCUCCAAAAGUGCUGCUGCAAAUCGACGUAUGGACAUGCAAAGAAUGCAAAAUGUCCUCCUGAUUUGGUUGGACAGCAAUAUUAAUGAUAAUCAUGCGGAUUGUAAUAAUACAAUGCAACAAUUGACACGUAUUGUUAACAACGUCAACACGUUUACAGAUAGUGAAGAAUGUGUUGAAUUUAUUCAAACUAUCACCGACAACAAAGCAUGUAUGAUUAUUUCUGGUUCACUUGGGCAACAUAUUGUGCCUCAUGUACAUAAUAUGUCUCAAGUGGACACCAUUUUUAUCUUUUGUAAAAACCAAGAAUGGCAUAAGCAAUGGGCCAAAGAAUGGCCUAAAAUCAAAGGAGUCUUCACAGAUAUAACAUCAGUCUGUGAAGCACUAAAACAAGCUGCUCACCAAUGUGAGCAAAAUGCCAUUCCGAUUAGUUUUAUGGCAUCAAACAAAAAGUUGGAUCAAUUAGAUCCAUCAUUUAUGUAUACUCAGAUCUUGAAAGAGAUCCUAUUAACAAUCAAUUUCGAAGACAAACAUAUUAAAGAAUUUAUUAUUUAUUGUCGUGAAAAAUUUGCUGAUGAAAAUGAACUAAAAAAUGUUGAUGAAUUACAAAUAACAUACAAAAGUAAGAUACCCAUAUGGUGGUAUACAUGGGAUGCAUUUUUAUAUCGUAUGCUCAAUAAAGCAUUACGAUCAAUGAAUGUCGAUGUUAUUGUUCGAAUGGGUUUCUUUAUUAAUGAUCUACAACGUGAUAUUCAGCGACUACAUUCGGAACAAUUUAAUAAUGAUCAGUCAGGCAAAACAUUUACAGUUUACCGUGGACAAGGUCUUUCAAAAGAAGAUUUCACCGAAAUGACAAAUACUAAAGGUGGACUUCUUUCAUUUAAUAAUUUCUUGUCAACUAGUAGAAAUCGUAAUGUGUCUCUGAAGUUUGCCCAACAAGCUGCUACAAAUCCUGAUCUUGUUGGAAUUCUAUUUGUUAUAUCAAUUACUCCUACUCAUUCAACAGCUCCAUUUGCUUCUGUUACGGAUCUUAGUUGUUUUCGUACGGAAGACGAAGUUCUCUUUUCUAUGCAUACCAUUUUUCGUAUUGGAGAUAUUAAACUAAUAGGUCGAAAUAGUCAUCUCUACAAAGUGAAUUUAACAUUGACCAGUGACAGCGAUCAAGAUCUUCGUAAUCUUACUCAGCGUAUUCGACAGGAGACUUUUCCAGAUGAAGAAGGAUGGUACAGAUUGGGAUUAUUACUGAUUAAAAUGGGUCAAUUUACUAAAGCUCAAGAAAUUUAUCAAGUUUUACUUUAUCAAGCAAAAAAUGAGAGUGACAAGGCAUCUAUUUAUCAUCAACUAGGUUUGAUCAAAUAUAAUCAAGGAGAAUAUCAAGAAGCACUUAUAUUUAAUAAAAAAUCACUUGCCAUUGAACAACAAUCACUUCCAUUCGAUCAUCCUGAUUUGGCAUCAUCCUGUAACAACAUUGGUAAUGUGUAUGAAAGCAUGGGUGAAUAUCAAAAGGCACUUUCAUCUCAUGAAAAAGCUCGUGUAAUUCGACAACAAUCACUUCCUUCUAACCACCCUGACUUAGCUUCUUCCUAUGGCAACAUCGGUAAUGCAUACGUCAAGAUGGGUGAUUAUCCAAAAGCACUUUCUUAUUAUUAG